UAUUGGUUGUUCGCCUAUCGUGCUGUGUUUUCAUUUGUUGCGAACAUGAGGCCCAGCACGAUCUUCAUUGGAUUCGUCCUGCUGGCCGGUUCAAUGAUCCUCGCCUGUGAUCCGGACAAGAAAAAUUGCUGGUGCGGCGAAUAUUCAUACGGAUGCUGCGAAACCAUCACUAUAUUAAUUUUUUGGGACUACGAAGUUUGCGCCAGAAUUGAAUACAGUUACGAUGAUGAGGCCAUGGAUAUCUCCAUUACAGUCGACGAUAAAAACAUCUUUGAAGAUACUCUAUCUGUUGACAGGCUGGACGGAGAGGAACGUUGCACCUACUAUAAGGGAUUCAAGAUGUGCCUUAACUUUUCUGAACUGGAACUGAAAGGCAGGUCAAUGCACCUUUGCAUCGACGUGGAUGUCACGCGUGGCAGGUCACAAGUCUAUGGCAAAAAUUUUUGUUUCACCGUGGGCAACAAAGAGAGGGCACCACUCGCUUUCAACUGA